AACACUACACCUCUUUACUUCAAAUCGGCUAUUUCUUUCCAUCUGCACGUUCACACCCCGUCAGUCCGGAUGAGUUACCCAUUAGACACUAUAGGAAGUCCCUACCGGAGGGUGAUGGAGACUAGGACGAGCUAUGGCCGUAGUAGCGCCAGUCCCUCCAGCGGUUACCGCUCCCAGACGUGGUCCCGGUCCAGCCCGACUUCUGCAACUUCAUACAAAAGGAGCUUCAAUGUUCCUGUGGCGAGAGGCUACGGCUCAACAGUUCUGAGCUCCGCCGACAGCCUUGAUUACAGCCAGACAUCCAUCCUCAGUGCAGACUACAAGCGCUCCAACGAGAAGGAGCAGCUCCAGGGUCUCAACGACCGCUUUGCCGGGUACAUCGACAAGGUGCACUUUCUGGAGCAGCAGAACAAGCAGAUCGAGUCGGAGAUCCAGGCACUGCGGCAGAAGCAGGUGUCGCAGUCUCAGCUGGGCGAACUUUACGACCAAGAGCUGCAGGAUUUGCGCUCCAUGCUGGAGCAGAUCCAGCACGAGAAGUCGCAGAUCCAGCUGGACACGGAUCACAUCGAAGAAGACAUCCAGCGUUUGAGGGAUCGCUUCGAAGAGGAAGCCCGAAUCAGGGAGGAGACAGAAGCGAUCAUCCGUGCGCUGAAGAAGGACAUGGGUGACUCAGCCCUCGUUAAAGCAGACUUGGAGAAGAAAGUACAGUCCCUGCAGGACGAGAUCUCCUUUAUCCGCAACAACCACCAGGAGGAGGUCAACGAUCUGUUGGCGCAGAUGCAGGCGUCGCAGAUCACCGUGGAGAAGAGGGACUACCAGAAGGCGGACAUCACCGAAGCGCUCCGCGAGAUUCGCACGCAGCUGGAGGGCCACUCAACGCAAAACCUCCAGCAAGUUGAAGACUGGUUCGUGCACCGGUACGAUAAGCUUACAGAGGUUGCCGAGGUGAACAAAAGCGCCAUCAAAUCCGCACGGGAUGAGAUCGCAGACUAUCGCCGCCAGUUACAGUCCAAAACCAUCGAGUUGGAAUCUGUCCGAGGAACCAAAGAGUCGCUGGAGAGGCAACUGAAUGAUAUAGAGGACCGACACAACAAUGAUCUCGCCAGCCUUCAGGAAAACAUCCACCAGCUAGAGAAUGAACUCAAGAGCACGAAAUGGGAGAUGGCAAGGCAUCUGCGUGAAUACCAGGACCUCUUGAAUGUCAAAAUGGCACUAGAUAUCGAGAUUGCUGCAUACAGAAAACUUCUUGAAGGAGAAGAGAGCCACUUUAGUACUUUCCCAUAUCGCCAGACCGUCAGCAAAGGCCCCAAGGUCAAAAGUGAACCCCCAAAGCUUAAAGUGCAACACAAGUUUGUGGAGGAGAUCAUCGAGGAGACGAGGGUGGAGGAUGAGAAGUCUGUGAUGGAUGAGGCCUUGGCUGAGAUGGCAGAGGAGUUAUCUGCUGCCAAGGCAGAAGAAGAGGGAGAGGAUGAGGGAGAGGCCAAGGGUGAAGAAGGGGGUGAAGAGGAAGAAGAGAAAGCAGAAGAGGGUGAAGGAGAAGGGGAGGAGGAGGUGAUUGCCUCUACCCAAGCCAAAGUGGCCUCCAGCGCCCUUGCUGAAGACAAAGAGGAAGGAGAGAAAGAGGGAGGUGAUGAUGAAGCAGAAGAGGCUGGAAAGGAUGAUGAGGAGGGAGAGAAAGGAGAGGAGGAAGAGGAGAAUGAGGGGGAAAAGAAAGGAGAGGAUGCAGAGGGAGGAGAAGAGGGAGAGGAGGAAGAGCAGGAAGCAGAGGAGGCUGUCGUCAGCUCUAAAGACUCUGAAGCCAAGGCCUCACCUGAGAAAGAGAAAGCAGAGGAGAAACAGAGCAGUGGAGGCGAGGAAGAGGCUGAGGAACAGGGAGAUGAGAAAGAUGAAGCAGAUUCAGGUAGUGACAAAGGGUCAACUGAUAAAAAAGAGCAGUCUAAGAAAGGAGAAACAGAGGGGGCAAAAGAAGAGAAGAAAGGGAAAGAUGAGAAGGAGGAGCCCAAAUCUGAAAAGGAAAAGGCAGCUGUGACCAAGGCAGAAUCCCCGAAAGAGUCUCCAAAGGAUACCUCACCAAAGAGUGAAAGCCCGAAGGAGACACCUAAGACAGAGGUUCCAAUAAAGGAAACCCCAAAAGAUGAUUCCCCAAUGAGUCCCAAGAAAGAGACCCCUAAGGAUGAAGCAACAAAGAAAGAGGCCCCAAAGUCAGAGCCACCAAAAGCCGAGGCUAAAGACGAUUCCUCAAAGGCAGCAGAGGAAAAGCCCAGCAAAAAGAGUGAACCAGAGAAAGAGCCUGAGGAUAAAAAGACCGAUAAGAAAGAGGCUACCAUGAACGGAGACAUGGAAAAGAAGGAUGAGAAGAAAGAGUCCGAUAAGAAAGAGGUGAUCUCCAACGGAGUGGACGAGAGCCCAACCAAAGACGACUCAAGCCAGAGGGUGGUUAUCACCAAAACGGUGGAGACCAUUACCACUGGAGAGGGCGGAGUCAAACAAAUUACAAAAACUGUUACCGUCACUGAGAAAGGAGAGGAGGUGGAGGAGAAGGUCCAGGAGAAGGUGGUCUCCAAAACUGCAGAGAAACAGGCAGUGAAGGCCACUGAAGCAGAUUAAACCUAAACAUAGCUAUAAAUGUCAGAAGAGGAACUGGGGAGAAUGCAUAGCAAGCAAUUGACACAAAACUAACAUAAAGAUAUCAUAAAGCUCAACAGAUACUUAAGUACAUUAACCAUUCAGAAAGAUUUAACAAAACAAAAACAAGCAUAGAGAGAAGCCAUAAGAUGCGGCCAGCUAAAAUUCAAAAUGCAUGUUGAGUGACAGCUUUAAAUGGGUUCUGCUGCAUAUGCGGUCAGGGAAGUCGGGGAUUCUUUCACUUUUCUUCAAACUGCAAUACCUGGGGAGGGGGGGGGGUCACUUGAAUGUGGCAUCUGCAUGCCAGCUCAGGGGGGAGCACACUCCUCGUUCUUUGAGAUAGAAAAAUAAACACUGUAUGUAUGACAAUAUUCACAGAAUGGUAUUACAAUACUUGCAGAAUGGUGGGGAAUGACAUUUGCUUUGAGUUAGGGCAACAAGGGAGGCAGGGUCGUAGGAGAAAUGUGUUCCAACAAAGUAGCCUUAAAUAUACUUCAUAUUUAUAUAUAAAUACUAACGCGAGGACACCAGCUGAGCCAAAAAUAAAACUAUUAUGAAGGAGGAAGACUAUGGUAAAAACAGCCCAAGGUCAUAUACAACUCAGCACAUUAAGCAACUCUUAGCCUUAAACAUGCUUUUUACCGUUGUCAGUUAUGUUUACCUAAUGAUUGCAUUUGAAAAUAAACCUGUCAAUGUGCAACAUACAUUCUUGUAUGCAUAGGGUUGACUUACUAAACUACUUACCGUUAAUGAGGUGCUACUGUUUGCAGUCCCAUGUCUUAAUUCACCUGAAUGAAAUUCUCAGCAGCAGUUGCUCAAUAAACAUCAAAUUAAAAUACCACA